CAGGGGCGGGGCAAGCCUCGAGGAACUGGCUCGCCCGGGGACUGCGGGAGGAGGGGUGGGCCUCACUACGGGGGGGUUGGGGGGGUUGGGGGGGUAGUUAAGGAAGGGGCGGGCCCCGAAGGAGGGGCGGGGCUUGUAGGAGUAGGUGGCCUGGGCCAACCCGUGGACCAGACGGGUGAGGGGCGGGGCCAAUUUGAGUGAUUGACGACCAAGGCAGGGCCACUGGGAGGCGGGGCCAAGGCUGGGGCCCGACGGAGACCUAGAGACGGGAGCGGCCAAGGCGCUUUACCUCAGCUGAGGAAGCAACAGCCGCCUCCGCCGCUGCUGCGGACCAAGCCUACGGCCAGGCCGCUCGAGGUUUUUAGAGCUUGGAAUAAGCAACAGAUAAAAAAUGGGCAGAAUUUUCCUUGAUCACAUUGGUGGGACUCGCCUGUUCUCCUGUGCAAACUGUGAUACAAUCUUGACUAACCGCUCAGAACUCAUCUCUACUCGCUUCACAGGAGCUACUGGAAGGGCUUUUCUUUUCAACAAGGUAGUUAACCUUCAGUACAGUGAAGUUCAGGACCGGGUUAUGCUCACCGGCCGCCACAUGGUUCGAGAUGUGAGCUGCAAAAACUGCAACAGCAAACUUGGCUGGAUCUAUGAGUUUGCCACUGAAGACAGCCAGCGUUAUAAGGAAGGUCGUGUGAUUCUGGAGCGGGCUCUUGUCCGAGAAAGUGAGGGCUUUGAAGAGCAUGUACCCUCUGAUAAUUCUUGAAGAGAAGAAGCUCGCCAUCUUUUCCCAGGUCUCCUUCACUGAAACAGAAAAAAAAAUCUACUUACAUACACUGUCACCUUAGCAUCAGAGUCGGAUUCAUGAACUGUGGAACAAGAGGUGGAGAGAAUUGGAGGUGGAACCUUUCUUUUUUUUUUUUAACUUUAUAUUUUCCAUCCAACAGCUGUGUGUAGAGGGAGUAUUAUGCAGAUGCCAUUAUCUUUUUUUUUCCUUUUCUCUUACGUUUUACAUCUUUAAGCUGAUGAAUAGUGUAUCUGCAGCUAUAUGGUGGGUGAAAGGGAAAACAAAUCUGGGCUAAUAGAGUGAAAUCAGUGUUUUUUAGUGUGAACUUUGGAGGUAAAAUAGAAGUUGAGUAUGGUUUUUAAGCUUCUUUGGGGGACUUAAUUUUAAUUUUUUUUUUAAACCAGUUAUUUCACCUGAUUUGCUAGCUUCAGAUAAGAGAUCCGAAUUUGUGACCAGCGCUAAAGGUUCAGUGUUAGUGUGGCUCGUGCUGGCCAUUGUGCCAUAUUCUUGUGGGGGUUGAACAGUAGCACAGAGCCCAUUCUUCCUUGUCAGUCUUGGCCCAAAGAUGUCACCAUUGCUAGUUACUUGUCACCACAUAAUUGGUGUUGAUUGGAAACUUUUCAGAAAUGGGGCAGAACUGCUUGGAUGUCCUUUUUUCCAUGUAACUUAAGCAUAAUAAUAUAAAUAAAGAAAUAGUUGGAUAUUUCUGGUCCUGUGUUACUUUAACAAUCAAAAGUUUAAAUGAUGAGAAUUUGAUAAGUAAUGAUUAUAAUAGUGAAUGUUUUUCUUUUCAUCUCUACUCCAGAUUCACUAAAUGUAAGAGGUUACUGCAAUCUGUUUAAACUAAAAUAUCCUAUUUCUAAACCCACAAUGUUGUAGUUAGAGGGAAAAAAAGGAGUUGGACAGAAUGUCAGUGUGCAUCCAUGCAAAAAGCAUAUAAUUUGCAUCUGUUUAAGAAAAGGGGAGACAACAAAACAGCCUGUCUUCCAGUAAUAUGCCACACAGAGGCUUGGUUAUGCCUCAGUAGAUGCACGAUCUUUUUUUUUUUUUGAUUAAUACCAGAAUCCCUAUUAGGAAUUCAGUUAUUGAAAUCGAAACUUAUAAGUUCCUCAGAAAAGAGGGACAUGAAGUUUGACUCAGGGCACAUGUCCACAUUUCCUGACAUUGGAGAAUUCACAUGAAAUUUGCAGUUUUCUUGAAAUAUUGGCCCAUAUUCCUUUAGACACUCCAGUAUUUUCCACUGGUCAAAUAGAGGCCAUUAAAAAUAACUUAUUUGAGUGCACCAUCCACACAUAUCCAUGGCAUUUCUAGAUGUAACUGAUUAGAAAGAAGAUUCUGGCCUGGUUAGACCUUCAAUCUUUAGCAGCCAUGUAUGCCUGCUAGACAUUGAAGAUGUCUGCUCAUGGUUAGGACCAUGCUCUUUCUUAUCUGAUCUCUAGGCUCUUGGUUAGAUAAAAGUCUCCGGUUAACUAGGGACACUAUUGUAAUUGAAUUAAGAUGCACAAAAAAAUGAUCUUUCCUUCACCAAGGAGACCCCUUGGCUUAUUUGCAUAUUGGUCUUUUGACAAAUUCUUAGUGGCAUGUUUUGCCUGCAGCACUCUGUAUGUUUGCUGUUACAAUAAAGUAUGUUUUGUCCUG